AUGGCGACCCUCGCGACCGCUUCUCGCCUCUGCCUGCGCGCGGCUGCUAAGCCCGUCGCUCCCGCCGUCCGCGCCCUCAGCACCACCGCCGUUCGUACCGACAGCGCGUCCGCCUCUGGAUACUCCAGCCCCUUCAAGUUCCAAGGAGAGUCCAAGGGCUCCCAGAUCCCUGACUUCGGAAAGUACGUCUCUACCGGCAGCGAGGGCAAGAACAAGCUCUACUCGUACUUCAUGGUUGGCGCUCUCGGUGCCGUCAGUGCUGCUGGUGCCAAGAGCACAGUUCAGGGUGGGUUGAAAUCCGGUUCAAGACUCGAUGUCUUGCCAUUGGGCUGCAAUUGGAGUUGCAUCUUGCCGGCAGGGCAUCGGGCCUGGUCAAUUGAUGGUUACAUGUCUGCUUCUGCCGACGUCCUGGCCAUGGCCAAGGUCGAGGUUGACCUUGCCUCUAUCCCUGAGGGCAAGAACGUUAUCAUUAAGUGGCGAGGCAAGCCCGUCUUCAUCCGGCACCGAACCCAGGACGAGAUCGACCAGGCCAACAAAGUCAACAUCUCUUCUCUCCGAGAUCCCGAGGAGGAUAGCGCCCGUGCCAGACAGCCCGAGUGGCUUGUCAUGUUGGGUGUCUGCACCCACUUGGGUUGUGUCCCCAUUGGUGAGGCCGGUGACUACGGCGGUUGGUUUUGCCCUUGCCACGGUUCUCACUACGAUAUCUCUGGCCGAAUAAGAAAGGGACCCGCCCCUCUCAACCUCGAGAUUCCCGAGUACGAUUUCCCCGAGGAGGGCAAGCUUAUCAUCGGUUAA